AUGAUCGUGCCCGUCAGGAUAUCCGAGCGUGAUGCCAAAUGGAGUGUUCAGCAAAUUCAUUGUGACUACGAUGAUGCUGAUGACUUAUCUGGCAAUGGAACAGACUCUGACUCGGAAUCUAUCGUGGAACAUGAUAAUGAGCUAGAAGAAGACGAUGACUUUGACCAAGAUGGAGAAGAAGAAGAGGACGAAGAGGAAGAUCUGACUGUUUCCUCCACUCCCACUGUCGUGGCCGAUUAUGAGGACAUGCAAGCGUUCGACUUCCUAGGUUCUGAUCUGCGCAAAGAAAUCUCGAGAGAUCCCAUUCGGAAAAGUCUCUUUUCGCAAGGAGAAGAUGUACUGGUGUUUCCACCAGUUGGGGAGAAAGUCUCCUUUUUGCCGGACAGGUUACAAGAAGCACUGCGAUGGAAAAUCAGCGGCUUCACGCCCAAAGUAGUUCGAGCGGCCCUACUACGCGCCAACUUCUCGCUAGUUAGGAAAGGAAAAAACUGGAUUGGAUAUUGGGGAAAACAUCCCUGCUCUCCAUGUCGCUUCAAGCGCGUUCAGUCGUGGCAGAAAAUAAACCACUUCCCGAUGAGCUUCCAGAUCGGUCGGAAGGACAAAUUAUGGGGAAACUACGUGAAAUGUCGAGGUGUGUGGGGACAUGAGCACUUCAAUUUUAUCCCAGACACUUAUCUCCUUCCGGCGCAUCUCCCAUCCCUUCUACGCACUUUCUCAAUCCACCCUCUCUGGAUCAUCAAACCUCCUGCAUCAGCUCGCGGUCACGGCAUCAAAGUCAUCAAUACUCCGAAAAGGCUGCCCAAAAAGAAAAAAGCGGUCAUUUCAAAGUACAUCACCAAACCAUUUCUCAUUGGCGGGAGGAAAUUUGACAUACGGCUUUAUGUCCUUGUUACUUCCUGGGAGCCUUUAAGGGUUUAUCUUGCUAGUGAAGGAAUCGUAAGGUUCGCUGGUCAAAGAUAUACCAACUCACCAAAAUCAGCCAGCAAUCGCUUCAUACAUCUGACCAACUAUAGCAUCAAUAAGCGCUCAAAAGACUCUUCCCACCCAAGGGAAAAUGAGGAGCAAAGUUAUCUUCUGGGCGAUCCCAGGUCCUUUUCGGCUCUGCAAGAAUAUUUCUCACUAAUUGGCAUCGACUUUGUGCCCGUCUACAAAGAAAUCCAACGUAUUGUGGUGAACACCAUUAUUUGCGGCCAUGCUUCAAACGCUAGUGGCAUGAGACUGUAUACUCAGAGCCGGACCAGCUGCUACGAACUUUUCGGUUUUGACAUUCUACUGGAUUCUGCACUUAAACCCUGGUUAAUGGAAGUCAACAUUUCUCCAUCGCUAAAAGCCUCAUGUGAUUUGGAUUGGAAGAUAAAGAGCAGCGUAGUGACGGAUAUAUUGAACUUGGUUGGAGUGAGGGUGUGUGAUAUCGAGAAAUGUGCGUUUGGGAUGACAGACAAGUCUGGAUCAAGUUGGGAGCGACGAAGGAGUCCGUCGGCUUCCUCCUGCUCGUCACCAUCAAGCUUCCCUCUUGAAAAGGCCCGGUGCAAGUCCAGUAUACUGGAAAAGGAUCGCCAUGUGAAAUUAGGGCCGCUAAGUGUGCAAGAUAUUCUCCUCCUCCAAGAAUCUGAGGACGAGUACUCUCGUCGAGGAAAUUUUAUUCGUCUCGUUCCACCCGCUUGCCGAGCGCAACAGCUUCCUUAUCUCAACUCAACCACUUAUGCAACACGGCUAUUACACGAUUGGACUCAUCUAGAGCCAGUCGACCAGAAGCGAGUAGACAUGCUGCGAUCGCUGACACCAGGCGCAACAGUGAGAGUACUACCCAAUCUGACUAAAGAGCCGCACACAAUGAAACCUCGUGCAUCCUCCUCCUUAUCAUGUCUCGCAAAGCCAUCAAAGACUGCGAAAGUAGUAUCAUCCUCCCUUUCUUGUCUUAGGCAAACAUCUUCGCAGCCUUCGCCUUCCUCACUAGCGCCUUUCGGAUCCUCUCAUACCAAAUUCCGAGCAGGACAACCAGCACCGCCCCGCCCCAAGUCGUGUGCACCCUUACAGGAAAGCGUGAAGAUCCAACAGGUUAAUUUGGAAACCGACGCGCAGAAUCCGAGCAUAAAUAAUACUUUCCCCUCGUGGAAGGUCGGAAGAACUGGACAGUAUUCAUUGAAGAUAAGAAAGGAAACGAGGGACAUUUUAGCAGAGGGAAGGUUGAUCCGACGGCCGUUUGUUUAG